AUGUCGGGUGAGAAAGAGCUCGGGCUCCGGUCGUCGCAGAGCGACCAGGAUGCUGCCGCUGGGACAGCCGUCUUCACCACAUCCGAGGGUGUCCUCGAGACCAAGAGAGGUCUGAGCCCUCGUCAUGUGCAGCUUAUGGCCAUUGGUGGCUCCAUUGGUGUCGGCCUCUGGGUCGGUGUCGGCGGUGUUCUCAGCAAGGCUGGGCCUCUGUCUCUGGUCCUCGGAUACAUGUUCUGGGGCCUGCUCUUCGUCUGGCCUCUGAACUUGUGCGUCGCCGAGAUGUGCGCCUACCUCCCGAUCCGCGGAUCCAUCUUCGAACUUGCCUCCCGCUAUGUUGACCCGGCUCUCGGUUUCGCCAUGGGCUGGACGUAUUUCUUCGCCGGAACCAUGCUCGUCUGCGUGGAAUAUUCCGCCGUGUCGACCGUUAUUCAGUACUGGAACGCAGACAUCAACCCGGCCGCCUGGAUCGCGCUCGCCAUGGUCUCGUGCGUCGCCGUCAACGUCAUCGCCGUCAAGUUUUAUGGCGAGUCCGAGUUCAUCAUGGCCUCGUUCAAGGUCAUUCUGCUCUUUGGACUCUGCUUCCUGACGCUAAUCACCAUGUCGGGUGGCAACCCCAGGCACGACGCUUACGGGUUCCGCAACUGGGGCAACGGCGACUUCAUGCACCCGUACUACACAACCGGCUCGACCGGACGCUUCCUCGCAUGGUGGGAAGUCGUUAUUUACGCGGCCUUUACGAUCGCGGGACCGGAUAUGAUUGCCUUGGCCGCUGGUGAAAUUCAGAACCCUCGCCGGACGAUUCCCCGUGUCGCGAAGCUCGUCUUCUACCGCCUUGUGGGAUUCUACGUUGUCGGCGUCCUCUGCGUCGGCAUCAUCUGCUCCUCGACGGAUCCUGGCCUCCUCGGUGCCAUCAAGAGCGGAGAGCCCGGCGCUGGUGCCAGUCCUUGGGUCAUCGGCAUCAAGAACCUGGGUAUCGAGGGGCUGCCGUCCGUCAUCAACGCGGCGAUCCUGCUCAGCGGAUGGAGCUGCGGUAAUGCCUACUUGUACUCUGCGAGCAGAACUCUCUAUGGUCUCGCCAAAGAUGGCCAAGCUCCCAAGAUCUUCCUCAAGUGCACAAAGGCGGGCGUCCCGAUCUGGUGCGUGCUCGCCGUGUCCCUGAUCACGUGCAUCUCGUUCCUGGUGGCCGACAACAACUCGAGCGAGGUGUUUUUCUGGUUCGUCGACCUGACCACGACGGCGCUCAUCAUGACCUACACCAUGAUGUACAUUGCCUAUGUCGGGUGGUACCGCGCCCGCACCGCGCAGGGCAUGGACCCGGCCAGCCUUCCCUACCGCGCCCCCUGGGCCCCUUACACGGCGUACGGCGGCCUGAGCCUGGGCGUGCUGCUGCUCAUCUUUGUGGGCUGGAACUCGUUUGUGCCCUGGGACACGCGCGACUUUGUGACCAACUACUUUGGCGUGGCAUGGGGCGUCUUCAUGUUCGUCCUGUGGAAGGUCCUCAAGAAGACCAAGAUGGUGAGCCCCGCGGAGGCCGACCUCAUCUCGGGCAAGGCCGAGAUCGACGAGGAGUGCAGGCACUGGGAGGAGGGCGGCAUCGAGGAGAACGAGAAGAAGAGGCUCGCGCAGAUGUCGUUUGUCCGGAGAUGCUGGGAGCGCAUCUGGUAA